AUGCUGGCCCAGGCAAGCAAUGAGGUGCAAGACCCAUCUGCAUCGGAACUCUCCACAAACCCCAAUGUCGAGGGAGAGGUGACCGUGGUUCCCAAUCCAGUGAAUCCACUCGAGGAAGACCCUUCGGAGGAAGUCCUCCUCUCGCCCGAGCCCAAUCGACGAAACCGACGCCUUCACGAGCUCCCAACAGUACCGCCUACAAUUGAAAUGAAUAUUCUUCCCGAAUUUGGUCCGAUUAACGAGGUGGAGGAGGAAAACGCGGACACCGCGAGGCGCCCUGGGGGCAUUUCAAUCGACACCCACGUGGUCCGAGCCCAGCAAAUGCAUUACAGCAAAGUGGCCGAAUCCAAGGCCGCCAAAGCAAAAGAUCCCACCGAGACGAAGCGUCGUCUUAUGCAAAAUUUCCGUUCCUUGCAGAAAACCAUCAACUCCGGCGUGAGUGUUGGGAUUUCAGCCCAUCCUAUCAAUGGGGACCUCUUCCACUGGCGGGCGGUCAUCUCCGGUCCGGAAAACACCCCCUGGGAGGGAGGGCUGUUCAAAUUAGAUCUCACCUUCACUGACGAGUACCCUAUGGAGCCGCCGAAGGUUCGUUUCCUCACGAAAGACAUCUUUCACCCGAACGUGUACAUGGAUGGGAAUAUCUGCUUAGAUAUUCUGAGGGGCUUCUGGAGCCCGACUCUCGACUUGGAGAGUUUGCUGGUCUCCAUCAUUUCACUGCUUUCCGACCCUAAUCCAAGCUCCGCGGCCAACUGCGAAGCCGCGCGGAUGCUAUUGGAAAACAAGCAGAUGUAUGAAAGUCGCGUACGUAGCCUUGUGGACCAAUCCCUCGAACAAUCCUUUAGUGAUAUCGAUGACGAGUCGGCAGGUCUCUGA